AAAAAUCUUGUUCAUUAUAAGCACCUAACCAUCAUCGAUACAAAAAUAACGCAUUUGAUUUGUAUACAUAAAUCACUAUAAUCAAAAAUAAAGAUAAUAUAGAUAACUAUAAUUUGUGCCGCCUCACAAGUUUGGAGAUCAAUAUCAGAAUAGACAGUAGGAAACUGGUUAGUAUAGAGUGUAAGAAAAGAUGUCUUGUAAUAUUAUUUUAAACAAACCCAGAGUAUUUAACCCAGGUGAUAAUAUAAAUGGAAGAGUGGUGGUAACAAUUGAUCAUGAAGAACGUAUAGGAGGAAUCAGGUGUAGUUUUCGCGGACGUGAACAAGUUCAUUGGACUGAACAAAAAGAUAAAGAAAUCGUACACGUUGGAGCACAAAGUGACUUUUUGGUGCAGAAUAUUGUGUUAGUCGGAGAAGAAGGAUAUCUGAAGCCGGGAACUUACGAGUAUCCAUUUUCAUUUAUUUUACCUUCUGGAAAUAUACCAUCCCCAUUUGUAGAAGAAUUUGGCUCUAUUCGUUAUUUAGUGCAGGCGAAGGUGGACAGAGGAGAUAAGGUAGACUACAAAGAUGAAUAUGAAAUAAAGUUCGAAGUACCAGUAACCCAAUAUGUUGAACUUUCGCAACAGGAGCAACUUACUUACCAAGUAGGAAGGGAUUUAAAUAAAAAUGAAUAUGCUGCGAUGUUUUUAAUACUAGAAAGUGACACGUACGUGUUAGGUAACGAAAUGAAUUUUACUGUGGAACUCAAAAAUAAAUCUAAACUAAAAAUUCGAAGAAUACAAGCAGACUUGGCGUUGAAUAUUCAAUUUAUAUCCCCCGGUCCGCCAACUAAAUGCAAAAUUCACAAAAUUCCUAUUACUAUUGUAGAAGAUGAAGGUCAGCAAAAAGGAAAUAAAAGAUUAUAUAAUUUCAAAUUAAAAAUACCUCCAGAUGUUUUGCUUCCUAACUUUGGCAGUUGUGAUCUACUGAAAUGUUGGUGUACUCUAAAGGUGGAAGUCCUUCUGCCAUAUCCUCACACAAAUAUGAUUCUAGAAAAAAAUAUAAAACUAGGGCAUGUUGCUGUUGAUAGUAAAAAGAAAUAUGUUCCAUCAACGACAUAUGUUCCAUCAGCACCUCCAAUUAGAGAUGCACCACCGCCUUCCUAUGAUGAAGCCAUUAAAAAGUGAAGACUUUGAGAGAGAAAGUAAUUGUUAUAUCGUUACCAAAAAGAGAAUCUGAAAAAAAAAACAGAAUUUCUUUUUAAAACUCAAGUAUUUAAAAACAUAUAAAUUAUUUAUUAAAUGUAAUAUAUUUUUUAUUAAUUA